CCGUACUUAAAACUUAAGAACCCUUCUCCCAAAUUCAAUGAAUCUAAUCAAUACAUUCUAAACAAUGACACAAGGCCUAGUAAUGCACAUUGAUAUUUUUUUUCCAAUUACAUUUAUAUCUCCCAAAAUCCUUUCGUAUCUUUCCCGUAGCCAACCUUGUCCAUUUUUAACCACGUAACGACAAAAUCCAAUACCAGCCCCGACAAAUCUGGUCACCUGAUUAAUAAACUUGAAAAAAUAAUUAAUAUUAGUAAUAUUUAAUAAUACACACAAAAAAAGACCCCCUCCCCUACCAACUUUACAUGAAGCAACUUCCCAGAACCCUCCCCUAACUCCUUUAAAAAAAACACUUUUAGCCUAAAAAGCCAUGAUAUUAUGCAAUGCAUGCACCCCAUUUUUUCCCCGCCUUCUUAACUUUUUAGAUGAUGACAUAAACCCAAACCCUUUAAUAUAAAUUAUCAUCAUUAUUUUAUAGUCUUUUGUUCUCUAUAUAUAUGUCGAAUCCAGUCACUCAUUCUCAGUCUUCACUCUCUCUUUAAUUUUUGCUUGCUUCUUUUGAUAACAACUUACUCCCAAUUUCUUCAACAAUAUCAAACAACAGGAAAAGAAGAAGAAGAAGAAGAAGAAUAUCUCGCAACUGAAAAAAUGGAUAUUUUUUAUAGAUGUUCAUCAGCGACUUCGUCUUCAUCUGAUUCUUCCACUUCGGACUCGUCUUUAUCCGGUAAGACGCCGAGGGAUGUGAACCGGCUGGAAAAGAUUAAAGGGCCGUGGAGUGCGGAGGAGGACAAGAUCCUGACCCGACUCGUUGAGAAAUACGGGGCCCGAAACUGGUCCUUGAUCAGCAAAUACAUUAAAGGGAGGUCCGGCAAGUCGUGCCGGCUGAGGUGGUGCAACCAGCUGAGCCCCAACGUCGAGCACCGCCCCUUUUCGCCGGAGGAGGAUGACGCCAUCUUGGCUGCUCACGCCAGAUAUGGAAACCGGUGGGCCACCAUUGCCCGGUUGCUUCCCGGCCGGACCGAUAAUGCGGUCAAGAAUCACUGGAAUUCCACGUUGAAGAGGAGGUACCAACAGCAGCAGCAGCAACAGAGGAUGAGCCACGUGGAACAACACCCAGAGAGUAAAAUGUUGGAAGCCAUGGAAAUCACCGAGGUAAAAACCGAGGCGGCGCCGGCGGUGUCGGGAUUUGUACCGUUUUUGAAUGGCGGUAACUCUGAGAACUUCACGGCGGGGAGAACGAACUCCAAGGUUUUCCCGUUUGUGAGUGAUUAUGACGAGUCUGACCCGAUGACCAUGUUGUCUUUGGCGCCGCCGGGCCAGAAUCUCCACGGCCAGGGGCCCAGCAGCGAGACGGCGGAGAGGAGGCCCGAAAGUUUGCCGGCGGGAUUCUGGGAUGCAAUGAGGAAUGUCAUUGCGAGAGAAGUGAGGGAAUACGUCACGACGUCGUCCUUCUCCGCAACUUCCUCAUCCGGGUUUCAUUAAUUAAUUAGGAUGAUGAUAAUAUUUUGUUAAUUAUUAUUAUUAUGUGAAGAAUUUGCUCCUAGCCUUUUUCUUUGGGCUUUCUUGUUGAUAAGAUUAUCAUUCUUAUUAAAUAAUUACUAGGUUGUAGAACUCUUUAAAAUUAAUGUUUUCCAGAAAUGCCUGAAUUGGAAGGCAAUUGGGG